AGAGCAGGUGUGCAACCGACUUUGUGCGUGGCGAUUUCUCAGGACGUUGGCUCGUUUUCUCUGUAUCUCUUGACCUUAACACCGGUAGUCUGCAGUGAGAGGUGGAGAGAUGACGGACGCCGGGUUCUUCCGCGGAACCAAUUCGGAACAGGACAGCCGGUUCUUCAACAAGACCAAGAAACUCAUGAAGUCUAUGAAAUUUCCUCCCAACAUCAAUACCAAAGUGGACAUGAGCAAAGUGAACAUGGAUGUGGUGAAGCCGUGGAUCACGAAAAGGGUGACUGAGAUCUUAGGAUUCGAGGACGACGUCGUUAUUGAGUUUAUCUUCAACCUAUUUGAAGGAAACCAGUUCCCUGACCCAAAAGAGCUUCAAAUGAACAUCACUGGUUUCCUGAAUGGAAAGAAUGCCCGACUCUUCAUGCAGGAGCUGUGGGAUCUUCUGGUGUCAGCCCAGGAGAGUGUAGGGGGGAUCCCCGCCAAAUUCCUGGAAAUGAAGAAAGAGCAGCUGCGAGAAGAGAGAGCUGAGCAGGACAGGAUCCAGGCCAGCCUUAAGAGGCAUGAGGAGUUGGAGCGAGAGAGGGAGAGAGAACUUCUUGAGCAGAGGGCCAGAGAAUAUGAGGCGAAGAGACAGGCUCAGGAAAGAGAGCGCGAGAGAGAAGAGAAGGAGGAGGGAGGAGAGGGAGGACAGUAGGGAGGGAGAGGGAGGAGAGGAGAAGGAAAGAGAGGGAGGCAAGGGAAAGGGAGAAGGAAGAGAGAAAGAGGGUAGAGAGGGAGGAAAGAGAUAAGGAGAGGGAACAAAGAAUAAGGGAGGACGGAGGUCAGGAAAGGGAGAGGGGUAGGGGAAAGGAGGAAAAGCGUGAUCUGACUGUUGAGAAAUCUCACGCUGACUCGACUAUGGAACAUUUGUCGGAGCUAGACCAGUCACCUCCAGCAGCUGCUGCUCGUGUUUCUUCCUCUCCUCCGCCCUCCAGAUCAUCUGGAAGACGUCCCCGCUCUCCCUCUACUCACAGACGUCCCCGCUCUCCCUCUCCUCACAGACGUCCCCGCUCUCCCUCUCCUCACAGACGUCCCCGCUCUCCCUCCCCUCACAGACGUCCCCGCUCUCCUUCCCCUCACAGACGUCCCCGCCCUCCCUCCCCUCACAGACGUCCCCGCUCUCCCUCCCCUCACAGACGUCCCCGCCCCCCCUCCCCUCACAGACGUCCCCGCCCUCCCUCCCCUCACAGACGUCCCCGCUCUCCCUCCCCUCACAGACGUCCCCGCUCUCCCUCUCCUCACAGACGUCACUCAACAUCAUAUCGUCAACGUGAAGUACGUCAUAUGGAUUCUCGCAGUCAUGCUCGUGGACGUCAUAGUGAUGAACUUUUGUCCCCAAGGAGACAUUCCAGGUCUCCACGGCAACAGAAAUUCAGUGGCAGCUCACGACAGUCAAAUGAGGAGAGGGUGUGCCCCCCAAUUAGGAGUCCAAUCAAAGUAUCUCCUUCCCCUCGCAGGGGGCGGGGCUAUGUUAAAAAACCACAGCCCUCUUGCCCACAAUCUCCACCUCCUCACAAGCGGUCAGAGAACGAGAGCAGCUCAAGUGAAUCUGCAAAGAGCCCCUCCCCUCAGCCUGAUCACAGGUCAAAGGUCGUGGAAGAGGCGGAGUCAAGUUCGUCAGAGGACGAGUCUUCGGAUGCGGAGUCCAGUUCCCAGACCACACCCACCUCGUCAUCUUCUGAGUCCCUAAGUCCUCCGCCCAGGACUCCUCCUGUGACGAAGGGAAAGAGCAGAAAAGUUCGAUCUGAGGUUACCACACCUCCUCGGAGUAGGCGUGGCCAAGGUCACGUGACCUCUAGUCCACCACCUAGGAAAAGGUCACGGACUCCUGAGAAGCCUCGCAAGAGAGCAGCAUCCACCAGUUCCUCUGAAAGUUCCUCAUCGUCGUCGCUGUCUCCUCCAUUCUCUCCUCCUCCUCCUCCUCCUCACAGGACGGCCAAGACUGCCAGGAACAGCAAGAACUCAGCUGGGGAGCCACGCCCACUCAAGGAAGAGCCACGCCCACAAAAAGUCUCAGGUCGCAGAGCUGAGUCUCCAACUGACAGACGGCAAGGAAGAAAGAGACACAGGAGACACUCUGUCAGUGAAAGUGACAGCAGCUCGUCCUCAAGCCCCUCCCCCUCCCCAUCGCCACCUCCAGCGAAGGUGAAGAGGAGCAAACACAAACACCACAGGAAGCACAAGAGACACGUGUCACCCGUGCCCAGCAGAGAGAGGGACAGCUACUCUGAGGAAGAGCACGAUACUGAGAGAAAGCACAAGAAGAAGCACCGACAUCACCACAAGCACCGUCACCACAAGAGGAGGUCACGGUCUCCAGUGGCAGAGGACCAAAAAGAGAGAGAACUGAGGGCCAGAGCUCUGGAGAGCCUACACAGGGCCAGCAACAGAGGCUCCAAGUGAACUAUGUAGUGAUACACUUGACUUGACUCACACUUAAAGUAUAGUACAGUCAUAUAAUAUUGUUGCAAAUGAAAAUGAGUGCAAUAGUGUACAAAAGUCAGCGAUGAAGACUAGCCACUGUCCUCGUCUUCCGGUCGACUUGACCCAUCAGUCUCUGUCUUCAGUUGCUGCUGAAGCUGGAGCUGGAGAGAGGCCUGCUGAGCUGCCACCUGCUGUCGCAGCAGCUCCGUGGCUCUGGCAGCUUGCAGGAGGUUCACCGUCUGACUGGCUUGCUGGAGUAGAGAGGAUCCUUGCACAGCCUGCAGGACAGCGGGGGUGAGAGGGAGGAGGUGAUGAGGCAGAGAGGACGCCUGACUAGCAGCCAGUGUCUGGAGCAGAGAGGCCGUCACCUGCAGACUGGCUGGUUGCAGCGAGGAAGACGAGGAAGAGGGAGUUUGUGUCUGCUGAGGUACCAAGACCUG